AAAGAGAGAGAGAGAGAGAGAGAGAGAGCAGAGGCGGAGCUUGCUGGGUUUACAUAUACCCUUUGAUAUGCAAAUAUACACAGUACCUAGGGAUGAUCCUCAUUGGUUAAUGACAAGGCAUAGGUGUGGUUUCUCUUAACCAGGCGAGAACAAAGAAACCUGUUUUCCCGCCUAACCUGGGGGAAGCUGGGGUCAAGGGUCAGAGGCCUUCCCAGCCAUGUGCAAUACUGAGCAUGCUCAAGACUGAGCAUGCUCUCUUUUAAGGCAAUCUGCACAUACCAAUUGUUCCCCUUGCCCAUAGCUAGGGGUGGACUGCUACAGCCCCAAUUUGGGGAAUAAGAGGGAAAGAAAGAAGGAAAAAAGUGAUUGAGAGACACAUUGACAAAAAAUCAAUUAGGGGGCACUCCCCUUUGGCAUAAGAGUUUACAUUAAGAAUAAAUGACAGGGACUUCCGGUCAAGAUGGUGGCUUAGAGAAAGCUAAAGUUCAGAUCUACGGAAAACCCUUCCCGACCGAUCUCAAACUAUAAGCUCCUAAGGCGCCGAAAUUCAAAAUGAUCAACAGCAUAGACCCUGGGAAUCCUCCUCCUGGACCUGGACUUGGAUCAAAAGGUACGGCCCCCCUCAAAAGCCAGAACCCGAGAUCACUCGGACCUAAGGGGUAGGAGCGCAGAGUCCAAGGCUCCGGGAAGCCGCAGCCCCGCCCCCCUCAGAGAGCAGGGUCGUCUGAAACAACAGUAACCCUCAGGGCCUUCUAUCUGAGUCCCAGUGAAAGUCACUGCCCUAAGAGCUCUGGGAAGCCAUGGCCCAUCCCCCCACAGAGAGUAGGGUCGUCUGAAACAACAGUAACCCUCAGGGAGGGCAAGACAGCCUCACGGGCCAGAUCCUUCUAUCCAAGUCUCAGUGAAAGUCACUGCCCUCGGAGCUCCCGGGAAACCACGGCCCAUCCCCCUGCAGAGAGCAGGGUCCUCUGAAACAAUAGCAACCCUCAGGGCCGACAAAACAGCCUCACGGCCAGCUAUUCUGAAGGCAACUUCCGGAAAGCAACCCGACCCAGUCGAGGGGGCACCUUAGCAGCAGGGAAACAGAGAGAACCGGGGGAGAGUGUGGCCCCCUGGUCCGACCCUUCCAUUCCAGUUCCAGUGAAAGUCAUUGCCUGAAGGCAUACUCAGUUUAACCCAGGGAAAGCUCAUAGAACCGACAAUCUGCCCAGGACUAAAGCCUCUGAACACCAGACAGAGAUAAAAAAAGCUAAUCCUCCCCAUUCAGAGAUGGCAAACUCCACAGAAGCCCCAAAAUCCCAAGAAAAAUAAGAAGAAAGGGGUGACUUUGGACACAUUCUAUGGAGCCAAAAUACAAAAUACAGAAGAGAUAGAAGACGAUACAUAAGAAAAUGCUCUGAAACCUUCCAAAGGAAACGGAAACUCUCCACAAACCCAUGAAGAAUUUGAAUCAGAAAUGACCAAAAAGAUGGAAGCCUUCUGGGAGGAAAAGUGGGAAAUAAUGCAAAAGAAAUUCACGCAUCUACAAAACCAGUUUGACCAAAGUGAAAAGGAAAACCAGGCUUUAAAGGCCAGAAUAAGGCAACUGGAAGACAACGAUCGUGUAAAAGAGCAAGAAUUAAUAAAGCAAAGCCAAAAUACCAAGAAAUUAGAAGAGAACAUAAAAAAUCUCACCGACAAGGUGACAGAUCUGGAAAAUAGAGGGAGAAGAGAUAAUUUAAGAAUAAUUGGACUUCCAGAAAAGCCAGAAAUAAACACCAAACUCGACAUUGUGAUACAAGAUAUAAUCAAAGAAAAUAGCCCAGAGAUUCUAGAACAAGGGGGCAAUACAGCCACUGACAGAGCUCACAGAACACCUUCUACACUAAACCCCCAAAAGACAACUCCCAGGAAUGUAAUUGCCAAAUUCCAAAGCUCUCAAACAAAAGAAAAAAUCCUACAGGAAGCCAGAAAAAGACAAUUUAGAUAUAAAGGAAUGCCAAUCAGGAUCACACAAGACCUUGCAAGUUCUACUCUGAAUGAUCAUAAGGCAUGGAACAUGAUCUUCAGAAAGGCAAGAGAGCUGGGUCUUCAACCAAGAAUCAGCUACCCAGCAAAACUGACUAUAUACUUCCAAGGGAAAGUAUGGGCAUUCAACAAAAUAGAAGACUUCCAGCUUUUUGCAAAGAAAAGACCAGAGCUCUGUGGAAAGUUUGAUACCGAAAAACAAAGAGCAAGGAAUACCUGAAAAGGUCAAGUCAAAUCACAAAUUAUUUAAGCACCUACUUUGUGAUAAGAGCCACAGAGGCAAAGAAAAGCAAACACAGUCCUCAGACACUUCCCAGCUGUGUGACACUGGACAAAUCACUUAACCUCCACUGCCUAAUCCUUACUAUUCUGUGGAACCAGUACACAGUAUGAAUUCCAAGACAAAAGACUGUCUAAGUAAAACUUACAGGGACUGGCUGUGGGUGAUAUUGGUGUUGGCUGCUUUCCUGGGUGGCUACAGCACCUAUUUCAUUCUGGAACACCAUAGCUCUUCACCAGAACCAGCCACACAAAGUGUCCAACAUCAUGAAAAGCCCAAGAUUGAACUUCAAACUGUGCCACAAAGUGUCCAACAUCAUGAAAAGCCCAAGAUUGAACUUCAAACUGCGUCACAAAGGCGCAUCGAUGUCCCACUCCUGACUCCUUGGCUUGCACCCAUUGUUUGGGAUGGAACUUUCGAUGAGGACAUCUUGAAUGAACAGUUCCAAGGCAGGAAUAUCACCAUUGGAGUGACAAUAUUUGCAAUCAAAAAGUAUGUUAUCUUCCUGAAGCUGUUUCUUGAAACUGCAGAGAAGCAUUUCAUGGUGGGAUACAAAGUGAAUUACUAUGUGUUCACUGACCGGCCAAAUGAUGUUCCAAAAAUACCCCUCCAAGAAGGAAGGAAAAUCAUCACGUUGGUGGUCCAAAACUAUUCCAGGUGGCAAGAUAUCUCUAUGCACCGGAUGGAAAUGAUUAGCAAUUAUUGUCAUCAGCUCUUCUUCAAGGAUGUAGAUUACCUCGUAUGUCUGGAUGUAGACAUGAAGUUUAAUGAUCAUGUCGGGGUAGAGAUGCUUUCUGACUUGGUUGGCACUCUUCAUCCUGGCUUUUAUGGAGCUUCUCGGGAAACCUUCACCUAUGAACGCCGCCCUAAAUCCCAAGCCUACAUUCCCAGAGGCAAGGGUGAUUAUUAUUAUAUGGGGGGUUUUUUUGGAGGCAAAGUACAACAGGUUUAUAAAUUGACCAAGGCUUGUCAUGAAGCUAUGUUGAUUGACAAAAGUAAUAGGAUUGAAGCAGUGUGGCAUGAUGAGAGCCAUUUAAACAAAUACCUAUUUCUUCACAAACCCACCAAAGUCCUUCCCCCAGAAUAUAUGUGGGAUAAACAACUCUUAGGGUGGCCAGCCUUCCUCAGGAAAAUGAGGAUGUUGGCUGUGCCAAAGAACCAUGCUAAGAUUCGGAACAAGUAAAAGCUCUCUUCUUACAAAGUUAUUGUUGAGGGAUUAUUUUAAAGGCAAUAAAACCAACACUUCCGCAUUUCUUUGGCUAGAUCUCAAUUAUUUCCCACCCUAAUUCUGAAGUAGUUCUCUUUCUCUACUGUGAUAAAAUCUAAGGAGUACAAGAGUUAGGAAGACCUAACUUCAAAUCCUCCUUUCCACACUUACUUGUUCUGUGACCUUGGUCAAACCAUAAGACCUCUCAAAGACUCAGUUUCCUCACUGAUAAAAUAAGGAUAAUAUUAGCACUUAUCUCCUAGGAUUUUAUAUAUAUAUACACAUAUAUAUACUGUAAAA